AUGGCUCACCAAGAGGGAUUGCUGGAUACCCCCAAUGGGUCGUCUCUGACCUGGAUCCUGGACCAUUGCGUUCGCUAUCCGGGAACUUACGAGAUUCCCCUGCGUACCAUGUACGAACUGAAUUGCAACUCGUUAAGACAAUCGCCGUCUGGCACGCGCACUCCCGAGACAGCGGCCACUACCCCGCGACCCUCCAACUCGUUCAAAGCUUCUCACUCUUCCGGCUCCUCCAUUGACUCCACUGCCGAUUUCAAGGCCCAAUUGACGCAGCAGAUCUCGCGGCUGCCGUCUCAGCCGUGCUCGUUGCCUCCUAGCUUCAUCACCAACUUCCUCCGUCGCUGCUUUGCUCCGGAGCUCGAGGAUGUCGACUUCCCCCAGGCCCUGUGCGCGCUGGAUUACUUGAAGGACCUGGACAUCCGUCGCAAGAAGGAUGUGUCGGCGGCCCUGCAGCGGUUGCAGAUCCGACCGGAAGAUCUCACUGAGAGAUCCGAUCUCGCCGCGAGGUAUCCCGGCGUCAUGGGCUGGAUCGAGUCGAUGAGCUCCAAAGGUCGCAAGGCCGAUGCGCUGUACACGCAGAUCUACAUUGGUCUCCGUCGCUGGACAUUGAUCAAUGAGAUGUUACUCGAGCCGUUCAGCAAAGGAGGCUGUAUCGCCAUGCUCAACACGCUCUUCCCGCCUGUGACCGAGACGACGGCGCACCCCGCGGCGCACCUGACCCACCACAUCCUCAGGUCCCAUCGCGAUGGUUUCUUCCGCUACAUCCGCGGGGUCGAGACCAAUGGGAAGGACAUCCUGCAACAGCUCCGCGCCCAGGGUGCCCCCGAGGGGUCGGAGGACGGAUGGGCGCCCGUCCGGGAGGUCCUGGACCGGUAUCUCCGGCUCGCAAAUGAGAUUAUUGACGAAUGUGCCUCGGUAACGGACCACAGCAGCUUGGGUGAGGAGCCCUUGUCCUCCCGCAGCAAAAGCCGCAAGGUGGAUUCAGGCGUGAGCUUCUGCUCUACCGAGCGACUGCCCGCACCAUCCGCGGAUGAGUCCGAUGAGAUGGACAAGCCCCUGCCGCCUUCGCCGACCAAGAAAGGUGGUUCGACUCUGGAGCGACUUGCGCGGGAGAUCCGCAGGCUGGGCCUCGGCGACGGCAAGACCAAGAGCCUCAAGAAGAUGAAGUCGACCAGCGCUCUGACCACGCGCGGGGAGCCCGGUCAAGUCGACUACGCAUCCUUUUUUGACAUUGACGAGCAAAAGCGCAAGCGACUCAUCUGGGAGGCGAAGAACCGCAGACACACCCACCACAAGCGGCCUAGCACUCAAUCCAAAGAGUCUUUCAAUACCGAUCUGUUCAGAGCGACCUGA